GAUUCAUCAAUGAUGUAACGAAUUUGGGUGAGUCGAUUAAUACACAACUAAGCCAAAAGGAAAAUGAUCUCCAUCACCACACUCGGACAUCCCAUCUUCUGCUUCUGUCUCAGCUUCCUCUUCACACUGUAUAUAUGUCCUCUCUUCUCAAACGGUGAAACGGACACACUUCUACAAGGGCAGGAGCUGAAAGAUGGUUACCACUUGGAUUCAGCGUUUGGAGCUUUCAGGCUCGGAUUCUUCACCGCUAGAGAUAACAACCGCUACCUGGGCAUAUGGUACAACAUGCCCGACAAUCAACAGUACUACUACCACUCCUUCGAUGACUACUAUGAACGCCGAAACCCCGAAUUACGGCAUUCUCCCGUCUGGGUCAGCAACCCUGAUUCCCCAAUUCUCAACAAAACAGGGGUUCUUGUCCUUGCAAGCGAUGGAAACUUGAAGAUGGUAGAUGGCAAAGGCGACCUAAUCGUUACCGUGACUAGCAUCACCCGCACCGCCGUCGAGGAAGGAGUUAAGACGAGCGCUGUUUUGCUGGAUUCCGGCAAUUUUGUGCUGCGGGAGCUGAACCCAGAUGGGUCUGUAGAGCGGGAACUGUGGCAGAGCUUCGAUUACCCUACGGAUAUCCUUCUCCCAGGAAUGAAAUUGGGGGCCAAUUUCCGAACUGGGCACGUUUGGUCUCUAAAGCCAUGGUUCGCUUCCCAAAUUGGGUCCAGUUGGAGGCUGGAACCACCGGUCGAGAGGUCGAGCAGCUUCUUCACGUUCGAGUUGGAGAUGAAUAAUAGUGAUAAUGGCGAAUUGGUGAUAUUGUGGAAAGGACGGAUGUAUUGGAGAAGUGGGAAGGAGCUGAACCAGAGUUUCCGUGGUUUAAACGUCAGGUACGUGUGGAAUGAGGAAGAGAGGUAUAUGGUUUACAGCGUGCAAGAAGGAGGUGGCGAUCGUGUUGCUAAUUAUCCUAGGAUAACCAUUACUAGCUAUGGCAGCCUUACUGGCACCAUAGGAGUGCGAUGCGACAUGGAAUUUCAGAAAGGCGUUGGAUGUUUUGAUGGCGAUGAUAAUACGCCCAUUUGCAGCGAUGGCUAUGCGUAUCCCAGCAGUUUUGUGAUAGAAGCGUACGAAGAAUUGGCGGGCAGGGAUGUGAAAGUGGGUGGUGAUAGUCAAUGUCGUCCCAAUUGCUCCAAAAACUGCACUUGCUGGGGCUAUGUGAGGCAGAAUCGAGACGGGUCUGGGUGCCAGAUGGUGCCCAAACUGGUCUACUCAUUACAUGAGUCCACAGAUCGGAGGCGGCUGCUAUUGUUGAUCAUCGCAGGAGUUGUUCUUUCGGCAGUCUUGUUUAUGUUGUUCUUGCUUUACCUUGGCUGGAAAUGGAGAAAUCAUUUAGUAGCAAUUGUUACCCACGUAAUGGAAAGUGUCUGUGAAUUUUGGAAGGUUUGUGGAUCGUUGUUGGCAAUGUGGAAGGAAUAUUACGUCCUGCUUCGGCUAUCUAAGGCCACAUCGGAUGCAGAGAAAGAGAUACUGUUACAUGAGCUAGGGAUGGCGGGUGACGCAAACCUUAACCCUAAUAGCCUGGGUAACCAUAAUGAUGAUUUUCAAUUGUUCAGUUUUGAGCACAUUGCAUAUGCUACUAGCAACUUCCACCCUUCUAAUAAGCUUGGACAAGGUGGCUUUGGACCUGUCUAUAAGGGGAAGCUGCCAAAUGGGCUAGAGGUUGCUAUAAAAAGACUUUCAACAAGCUCAAGGCAAGGACUAGCUGAGUUCAAGAAUGAGGUAAGACUUAUUGCCAAACUGCAGCACGACAAUCUGGUCAGGCUGGUUGGUUGCUGUAUAGAGAAAGCAGAGAAGAUCCUGGUCUAUGAAUAUUUGCCCAACAAAAGCCUUGAUUUCUCACUUUUUGCUCCCACAGACCAGAAUGCACUGGAUUGGAAGAAAAGGUUAGACAUUAUUCAAGGGAUAGCUCAAGGACUUCUUUACCUGCACAAAUAUUCAAGGCUGAAGAUCGUCCACAGAGAUCUGAAGGCUAGCAAUAUCUUACUCGACGGUGAGAUGAACCCCAAGAUAUCGGACUUUGAGUUGGCCAAGAUAUUCCAUCCGAACGAAUCUCGAGCAAUCACUGCACGGGUUGCUGGAACUUUUGGGUACAUGUCUCCUGAGUAUGCAAUGGAAGGAGUUUUCUCGACGAAGUCAGACGUGUUCAGUUUUGGAGUUCUGUUGCUGGAAAUUGUGAGCGGCAAGAGGAACAAUCACUUUCAUGCUGAUCAGGAAGGCCCAAGCAGUCUCAUUGCGUGGGCUUGGGAACUAUGGAGAGAAGGAAGAGGAAUAGAACUGGUGGAUUCAGCCAUGGCAAUGGGCACUGACCACAGCAGCAGCAACAUGGUCCAUAAUGAAGCACUGAAGUGUAUUCAGAUAGGUCUUUUGUGUAUACAGGAGAACCCAAGGGAUAGACCCUCCAUGUUAGAGGUCGCCUCCAUGAUCUACAACAAUGAUUCAUCCCAGUUGCCGUCUCCAAAUCGGCCAGCAUUUUAUUAUAAAUUUCAGGAGGCUGCUGAGAUUAUUGAAGAGCAGGAGGAGAAUUGGACAGUGAACCAGGUUACCAUCACCGAAAUGAACGCCAGGUAAUCAAGCAUCUCGUGGAGUCUCUUUCUAGUGAAAAUUAAACAAUCUUUUUAAGAUCAAAAUGACGGUCGCCAAAAAGGAACAAAAUGGUUGCCAGCUUGUACCGAGGGUUUUAUUGCUUUUUUUGCAACUACUAGUUGGUUGCGAAUGCUCUCUUCUGGAAGUGCAAUGUGGAUGUAUAUUGAUUACUCUUACACCUCAGUAA